UGUGGCGUGUUGCGUUGAGUAGCGUAGACCAACUAGUGUUUUGUGUAGUUUCGUUGAGGCAGCCAUGAGUUCCAGCUUCAGCGUCUGUAGCUGAGAAUGAAGUCGAAGACGACGUGAACCGCGCUUUCACAUUACGGUAGCACGGCACUGCAGCGUGUAAGCACCGGCGCUAUGGCAUGUCCCCCGGAGAGCGAAGUGCGGGUGGUCGGGCCCUGUGAGUCGGCCACUGAGGGGGCGAGAGCGCAGGCCCGAGCAACGAGACUACCGGAUCAGCCUCUUCAGCCGGGGGCCGUGAUCGUCUCUCCGGCCACAAUGAUGGUGGAGUCGGUGGACGAUGCGGAGGGACUGUACGUAGCUGUGGAGAGAUGUCCUCUGUGUAACACUGCGAGACGCAGGCUGACCUGUGCCCGGUGUAUCCGAGCUGGAGACUUUGUCCACUUCGACGGCAAAAAUCCUGAAAGAUACACAGAGAAACUGGAACGCCUUCAGAAAAUAAAGAAAGAAAAUGAGAUUAUUCAGCAAAGAGUAAUUAAAACCAUGGACAAGAAGGUUCAAGCAGACCAGCUUAAGUGGAAGAUUAUGUCAUGUAAGAUGAAGAUUGAGCAACUAAAAGAGGCAAUCUGCAGUGGGAAUGAAGAAGUGAAGAGUGGUAAAGAUGUGUUACUUCGCUCUCAGGAAGAAGGUCAAAGACUGCAGCGUCGUGCGAGUCGCCACCAAGAGAAGAGGGAUAAGAUUGAGCGUCAUAACCGUCGCCUGAGUGAACUGUUAGAGAAAAGAAAUAAAGAGCUACAAAACAGACUGGAGGCUCUGGCUGAGGUACGACGGGGUCACAUCUGGGAACUCACCACCUACAUCUUCCCCACACAGGAGGAGAAGCAGGGCAGCAGGUUUGAAGACCCGGCAGAAACUGCUGUAGCAGAGUACGACUUUGCUCUCACGUCCAGCACUGUAAGCGAGUUAGCUGAGGCCCGACGAACAACCUACAUGUCUGGUCGUUGGAUCUGGGACGAUCAGAAUGGAGAAACAAGUAUCAGCAUCACAGGGCCCCAUGUCACACUACCCAGUAAUGGAGACUGCUCAGCCUACUAUAACUGGGUUGAAGAGAAAAGCACUAAUCCUGGCCCAGAGCUAGACCACAUCACUCCGGCGCACACGAUUAGCGCAGCCCUCUGCUAUGCUACUCAACUUGUUAACAUUCUUUCCCAUAUUUUGGAUGUCAAUCUGCCCAAGAAGUUGUGUAACAGUGAAUUCUGUGGUGAUAAUUUGAGUCGCUACAGAUUUACUCGUGCUGUUAACAAACUCAACACCAACAUCUUGCAUCUCUGCUUUUCCCAGCAUGUAGACAGUGAGCUACUCCAUCCACACCACACACUGAGGAAUAUCAUGUUUCUGGUCUCGCCUGAGAACAAGAACCUUGGCAGGACUGGACCUUUUGAAGUAAGUGCAGACUUGGAGGACUCUAUGGAAUUUCUGGAGCCUGAGUUAUCGUGUGCUGCAGAGGAGAGUGGAGAUGAAGCGGUAACAGAUGAUGAGACAGAUUUGGGCACAGACUGGGAAACUGUCCCUAGCCCCCGAUUCUGUGACAUCCCUUCUCAGCCUAUGGAGCUGUCUCAGAGCACAGCCAUGCAGGUCUCACAGCCAGCAGGAAACGCAGGAGGCAUGAUCUCCUCUGCUGCUGCCUCAGUCACCUCUUGGUUUCGUGCCUACACUGGCCAGCGCUGAGGCCAGGCUCGAAUGUUAAGACUGCUGUAGCUAUGCAAACAAACUAUUUGUCUCUCCAUCUUUUCUCAAAUCUUAUUAGCAAAAGUGGUUUUGUGACUGUCACUUUUGAUUGCAUGUCAAGAAGGAGUAUGUGAAAGGGAGGAAAAGAAUGGCAUUUGUAAUGUUUAUAAAAAAAAAAAAAAAAGUUGAAAUAGGAUCUGGUGAAAUGUUUUGUUCUAAAGAAAACGCCUGACCUUUGUAGCUCAUGCACACUGUAGGAUGCUCACCCUAUCCAUUCAGCAACGUUUCUUUUUACUCCUUUUAACUUGGAUAUAUUAGGGUGAAAUAAUAAUCCUUUAGGAAGAAGGUUCUUUAUGAAUUAAUAGCAUGAUGCACUAUGUUUCACUUUAAUGGGCUUGAAGGAAACAUUUUGUUUAUUGACGAUUACACCAAUCCAGAAUACCAUUUUAAAACAGACUCAGUACUGGUGUUCUACAGAGUGAGUGCUGGCUUCAGUUUGCUCAAAGUGCACCUUUUCACCAGCUAUUUAAAACCCCUGUUUCUAUUUGGAAAUGUGUUGUGUUUCAGUUUAUGAAUAAACAACUGAUUUGUACUUAA